AGUGGUGUUUGACUCUUCGUCAGCAUACUAUUGACUUAGUGCUGAUCAGAGUCCCAAUGGUAUCGACGAUAUUCGAGCCAGAGAAGUUUUACAUCCCACGGAAACAUGCAAUAUUGUCAUUUUUGGAGAAACAGGAGCUGGUAAAAGCUCCUUGGUCAAUUUGAUCACUAGGAAGCAAUCGGCGGCAACGUCCUCCGACGCCAUGGGGUGUACCACUAAAACAAAGAUGUACGAGCAUGACGUUGCGAUUCAGAACAAGACCUUGAAGGUAAAGCUUUUCGAUACAGCCGGUCUUGAUGAGGGCUCUGAGGGAACGGUCCCCGAUAAGGAGGCUCAAAAAGUUUUGAAGAAGCUCCUUCAAACCCUUGCGGAGCAGGAUGGUAUUCACCUCCUCAUAUACUGCGUGCAGGGCACGAGAGAGAGCAUGGCGCUCCGCCGGAACUACAAGUCGUUCUAUUCUAAAGUCAAGGAGAAAGUUCCGAUCGUCAUCGUUGUUACACGUUUGGAAAACCAAAAUCCGGACAUGGAAGAAUGGUGGAGGAAGAACGAGCAAUCCAUCUCAAACCUCAACAUGACUUUUGCUGGCCACGCAUGCGUCACCACAGUAACCAUCGAUGAAAGUGACAGUGAUGACCUCAAGGAACGUAGCGAACAGUCGUACCAUGCCCUCCGCGAACUUAUCGAGCAGUGUCGCUUGCCUAAUGAGAAAGGUUUCCGCGACGUCGAAUGGGCGUGCGAUGACCAUGAAAGAGACCACCCACGAAGCGUAAUUGUCUGCGACUCUGCCGUCCUAGCCCCCCUGAAUGUUUGCAACAUCGCGGGUGUCAUUAAUGGCGCAUGGGUCAGAUCCACGGUAGUCAUGCGCGGCCAUUACUACAUGUUCCAGCGCGUAACUGCACCCUAUCCACCCGCAAAACGGUCCAAAGGAGGUGUUGGUUUCGAACCUUGCUUGUUAAUUUUUUAUGUGGACAAGAACGAGUCUGUCAAUACGCAGAGAAUGGAGGUGCAGAAGUUUCGCAAGGUCUACGCGAAAUCCAAGGUCGGCUUAGUUGUUGUGGUCUGUGGCUGCGACAGUGAUGAAGAUGCGAAAGGAUGGUGGGAGGGGUCAAAUGACACUGGCAAGGACUCAUUGUUAGCGCCAUCCACUACCUUCACUUACUUACCUCGGGAUGGGUCGGAACGUUCUGAAAGUGCUCAAGAAGCACUCCAAAAGUUGAUCUGGGAGCUAUCUCGCACUGGAGAACCUUGUACUUCUGUGUUCCGAGACCUUCUCAAUCGUGUAUUGGGGUAUCUCAUAAGAGUAGUCUAGCAUAAUUUCCCAAACGUCCGCAGCCUUGAAUGUAGAUGGUGGUCGGUUC